AUGCAAGAAUCUCAUCAGCGUCUGCUCGAACAAGCCAAGGCCGCCCCUGACGACUUCUCGCGGGAGGCCGCUAUUCUCAGCUCCAAGCCCGACUGGCAGUCGCUUGAGAGCGCUGGUCAGAUCCCUAAGGGUUCUGCCCAGUGGUUGGAUCAGAUUCACGGAACUUCCAGCAGUGCAGUGGUGACUCUCGCCCAGCGCAAUGAGGAGGUUUUGGUCGGCCUCCUUUCUGUUCUCAAGAGUGUUGAGGACAUGCACGCUGUCCAGUACGCCCUAACUGUCAUUUACGAGGCUACUCGUUUUGAUUGCUCCUUCUGGAACCUCCUUGUUGCCCUCGCUAGGAAGAACGACAUGAUGUUGCCCUUCACUCGUUUCCUCAGCUCUGACCGUGCUGCGGAUGAUUCCUAUUCAAGCGACAAGGCUACUAUUCUUGCCUGUCAGCUCUACGUUUUGACUGACAUCAUGAGUCACGAUGGUGGUCGAAAGUUCAAUCCCCAGGAGGCCAAGAUGAUUGCCGAUUCCGUUGCUGACGACAAGAACAUGAAGUUCAAGGGUGUCAGUGACUUGGGGCGCCUCGAUGCUUUCUGCAACCUCCUCAAGUUCGACGGUUUCCGCGCUGUUGUGUGGAACAUCAGGAAGGUCCAGAAGUGCAUCAUGAACGCCAUCUCUGGUGUUGAGUCUGCCGAUCCCUUGGUCCUGUACCGUGGUGUCUUCUGCAUCUGGUGUGUGAGCUUCAACAAGGAGCUUGUCUCUUCGUCAGUUGCGGAUAUGGGUGAUGAUAUCGUUCAGGCCCUGCUCUCGGUUGUUGCUAAUUGCCGUGUUGAGAAGGUCAUCCGCAUGACUCUUGCCGUGUUGUCCAACUUCCUCGGUGACGACAAGAUGUGCACUGCUAUUGUGGAGAGUGGUAUCAUACACUAUGUGCAGAACUUGGAGUACGAGAAGUGGCGCGAUCAGGAGCUCUAUGAGGACAUCCGUAAGGUCGCUGCUAUGAUUGCCAGCGAGGUCAGCACUCAUACCAACUUUGAGCGUUAUGAAAGGGAAUUGCGAACCAACAAGCUCCGUUGGGGAUUCAUCCACUCGGAGAAGUUCUGGCUUGAGAACGCUGAGAAAUUCGACAGGGAGCAGUUCGCUGCUGUUAAGGCUCUCGUUGCUCUGCUCAAGUCUGACUCCACCGACGACACUACUAAGGCCGUUGCUUGUCACGACAUUGGCGAGUUUGCCCGUGUGUACCCAACUGGAAAACAGGUCUUGAACCGUUUCUCUGCUAAGCCGGCCGUGAUGGCGCUUAUGACUAGCAAGGACCGUGAUGUCGCUCGCGAAGCCCUUCUUGCAACUCAGAAGCUCAUGUUGAACAAGUGGCAGGCACUUCAGCAGGGCGCCUUGUAA